GGACAGCAUAGGCCCAUUCUCUGACCGCAUCGGAGAAAAUCGAUAAUAUCUCAAAAUCUAAAAAAGCUAUGGAAAAGCUGUUUUUUGUUUUGGACUCGGCAUUAAAUUCUGUACUAGAACCUCGGAAUAGAAUCGUAAUUGAGUUUGUCAGUUUUCAGCAAAAAAUUUUCGUUUCCCUAAAUCGGCUUCCCGCGAAAUUGUUUAACAGAAUUUGUCUAUCAAUUCCACUGCCAAAGCCAACCAAACAAGGAUAAUUGGAAAUAUUUUUGUAUUAAACACUCUGAAAAGGUAGGGAAUGUAUGAAUAUAGCAUUUAAAGAGUUUUAUUCAAUUGUUUUACCUUUAAGUUUAUAUUUUCAUCGCACCUAACGGAGUAGCCGAAGAGAAGUACGCUGCGAAGGAGCCUCGCAGUUUUGGAGAAUCACUACGAAAACAUGAAGUUUUAGGCCGACCGGGUCGUCGAAAAUCGGCUCGCGCUUCCACAGACAGGCUUAUUUUGCUAGAAAAACGUACCAAAUUGAUGCUUUAUUCGUAGGAGAAUGAAAUUUUUGGGGUGCACAAGCGGACAGAAAAGCCGUUGAGAUUCAAAUUUCACGCAAACGCAAGAAAAGCUGACUUUUGACUGGUUCGCACCGUAUGCCGACCUGUGCACCCCCAUAGUUUUUUAGCCUCGUUCACUGGCCAAUUCAUGCAACAAAAAUGAAGUAUUUAUCGUCUAUCGUUUGGAAGCGCCAAAGAAAAGUAUGAGGAACACUUUGGCCUAAAAUCGCCAUCGCAUCGGAAAAUCACAAAAAUGGUCGUCCUUUCGAUUUUUUUCCCGGAAACCAGAAACAAUCAUGCAAACAACGAAUUUAUGUUAUAAAGGAAGCAAAAGUAGAUCCAUCUUUUAAAAUUAUUCGCAACUUUAUGGAAAAAUCAGUUCGGAGAGUCUCCAGAUCAGAAGAAUGUGAGAGUGGACAAGAUGGAAGUCUCUCUGAGAAGCUAGAACAUCUUUUCCUGGAAUUUCACCAAUCCGAGGCAGCAAACAUACCAAGAGAUAUUGCUUUUUUUGAAUCAUGUGGAUUUUGCAUUGAAAAGAGAAAGAGUUCAAUAGCAGAUGCUGGAUGUGGGGUGUUUGUAGCCAAAGGCUCAAUUGCCAAAAAUGCCAUAGCUGCAAUGUACCCAGGCACAAUCUACAAUCCAUCAGAUCCGAUUUUGAUUCAGUCGAUAAGUAAUCAAUACAUAUUGCGUUGCAUUGAUGGCAUCUUGGUAGACGGAAAAAGCAAUGGUAUCAGCAAGUACAUAUACAGAUCUUGCUCAAAAAGAGACAUGAUUGGUACAUAUGAGUCAUGUGAUACAUCAUGGCUGACAGAAACCCCAAAAAACCCACUGGCCAUUGGACAAUAUGUAAACAACCAGACAUCAUCCAUGCCCGCAAAUGUGGUUUAUCAAGAAGUCGAUAUCCCUAUAUCAUUCCCUCUCUUUAUACGCAAAUAUUUACCAAACAUUUGCUACCGUAACAAAUUCAUUGAAGAACAAGACAUUGACUUGGAGGACAAGGUUUUAAUGCGUGUUGUUAUUCUACGAUCAUUGACUGAAAUUCAUGAAAAUGAAGAACUCUUUUCGGCCUAUUUCACUGAGGUCUUUUAAGUUGGCCUUCUAGAUGAAAUUUGUAAGAUUUUUAAAGCAACUUUACAGCUAACCUCGCUUUUCUUCACUUGAUCUUAAAACCUUUUUACUUAGAUCAUUUCGUAAAUUUGGUUUUUACAGCAUAUUUGCUAAUUGUUUAAGUUAUGAUAGACUUCUGAGAUGAUAAACUUGUAAGGAUGAAGAAUUUCACGAGCAAGCCACAAAUUUGCACAGAAAACGAAAGAAAAGUUAAAGCGAACUUGUAAUCACUGGUGAGUUUGCCUGUACGAUGACCUCAUUCCAAUUUAUUGACCGUUAAAUAGAACGUUUUUUGAGCCUCGCAUGUCUGCAUUUAUGGCCUAUCCGUGUCACUUUGGUUAUGGAGUUGUCUGAACAUUUUUUCUGAUUUUGUCUGAACAACUCUCAAAUUUAUUACGUUUUCCCAUUUAGUUACUAGCAGACUAUUGCUUCACGGGUGCUAUAUGAAUUAAGACAUCUAUAUAAAUUUGGAAUCGGAGUGCUAUAAAAAUUAAGACAUCUGGUACCAAAACAAUCUCUUAAGACUUUAUACUCCUAAUUCAUUCAAUCACAUGUACUAUAUGGUAUAUUAAAUUGGUGUUGUGCUAAUAAAACUACCCUGGAAC